AAGAAGACAAACAGCGUCCAACAAAACAAAUGUUUCCCUGUGUUGUGGUGCCUUGCAUUUUCAAAUCUUGAUUUAAGCAGAACUGAGGAGGGAGGAGCAGUGUUCAGUUCCCGCCGUGACGAGAGAGAGAAGAAAGAAAGGUAGAGAUCAAGUGAGGUCCGUGAGGAAAUGAAGUGAGUGACGGUAAUUCUGAAAGUGUAGAUUAGUUUUCUUAGUUGGUGGGUUCUUGUUGUUUUCAAGAUGAGUUGCAGAGUUUGGUUUAUCCUGACGGUGGCGGCGACGGCGGUGGUGACGGUGAUGGCGACGGAGAGCAGCGGGAUCAUGAGGGAAACCAGACAAGCGAGGCAGUGUCCAGCGGGCGAGGACUGCAUUCUCCUCAGUAGCUGCCAGCCACUGAGGGACCUGGUGACGAACAGAGUGCCAGGAUGGCAGAGGAGAGUGAGAGAAGCGCAAUGUGGAAGAAGGUUCACAGACUACAGGGUGUGCUGCCCGGGACGAGCGUCACCCACAAACACAACCUCAAGGCCGGGGGUGAGCGGGGAAAACCUGCUGCCGAGCGGUCACAAUUGUGGCCAGUCCCUCUUGUUGAAGAUUUUGUUUGGGGAAGAUGUGAUGCUGAAUGGCUACCCGUGGAUGGCGAUACUCGGAUAUGAAAACAGAGCUAACCCAAAGUGGCAGUGCGGCGGCGUGCUCCUCAACGACCGCUACGUGCUCACCGCCGCCCACUGCGCCCACCGUAACUUCACCGUGCUGAGAGGCCUAGGCUCACUGGUGACGGUGAGGCUUGGGGAACAUGUCAUAUCCACGAACCCAGACUGCCCACAGGAUACCAGUCUGCCGAUCCCGUGCGCCCCCUCCCCCCAGGACUUCACCCCCCAGGAGGUCAUCAUUCACGGGGACUUCAACAGGCGAAGAAGACUGAGUGACGAUAUCGCCCUCAUCCGCCUCGACAGGAAAGCCACGUUAGGAAGUGCCGUUCACCCUCUGUGCCUUCCGCCUGCGGGUGUGGACAUACCGAGCUUCCUGGGUGGACGUGACGCUAUAGUGGCAGGCUGGGGCAUCACGGAGACUGGGAACAGCUCCGACAUCUUGCAGGCUGCGAAAAUUCCAUUUGUCGAGCAUUCAGUCUGCACCAGAACUUAUCCGGACCAGCUGGUGCAAGAGCAGGUGUGCUUCGGCGGGAGGGGCAGAGUUGAUUCCUGCAACAUGGAUUCGGGAGGACCACUCUUCCAAGUCAGCAACGACCCUCCUCGCUUCGUUCUGCUGGCCAUCCUCUCCGGCGGGCUGGGAAUAUGUGGCACCCCUGGGGCUCCCGGUGUCUAUACCAACGUCGACAGCUACAGGCAGUGGAUCGUGAGCAACAUUAGACCAUAGUACAUCAAAGUCGUCUUCCCUGAGGCCGUCUUCUUCCUUCUUCUUCUUCUUCUUUUUCUUUUCCUUCUUUAUUACGUUCGUGAUUUAAAUGUCUCCAUGUCUGUCGGGGUAUUUGUAUCAAGUCAGGCUUCAGGCGCUGCUUCGUCAUUAAAGUUGUCAGAAUA